GACUUGUUUCCGCAGUACUGUAGUGUAAUUAAAUAUUUAGAGAAAUGUUCUCAUAUAAAAAUGUUUGAAGAUCACCUGAUCAAAACAUUUCGUGGGAAAAAACGACCAGUAUGUGCCAUUCCAGUUUAUCUUGCUCUGCAUGAUUUAUUAGAAGAAUCAGGGCCGAGUCUAAUGUUCGCUGUGUAUCGGUUCUCAAAACUAGAAAAACUUCUCCAAGAAAUAAUAUUUUGUCUUGCGGUUGAAAUCGAUAUACUAUCGUGCGAUGAUGAUAUAAACUCUAUUACUGUGGAAGUAAUUUUCACAGACAUUUUAUGCAUCCCAGAAAUUCAAUAUAACAAAAGCUACAAAUUUACUAAAGAUUGUUUGACUGUCAUAGAAGGUGUUGUUAUAGGAAUAACACAUGUUCAUUCGUUCACCAAAGCAGUUCUGUAUUCAUGUCCAGAACAUCUUUGCCCGGGAAAUAACAAUUACUUUAUCCAACAUACAACGGACAUUUACAAAAGGUUGACGAGGUAAGAUGUUUGAAAACUGU